GACCACAGGCUGCCCAGAGCGGAAGUGAAGGAGCAGCCGGAAGUAGCCGGAAUCCCAGGCUGACUGACCGGCGAACGGUCUUUGACAGGAGCCGGAGCUGCGCGGGGGAGUUGGCGGCCAUGGAGUUGGGCGAGCUGCUCUACAACAAGUCUGAGUACAUCGAGACGGCAUCUGGGAACAAAGUUAGUCGCCAGUCUGUGUUGUGUGGAAGUCAGAACAUCGUUCUUAAUGGCAAGACCAUUGUGAUGAAUGACUGUAUUAUCCGAGGGGAUCUGGCAAAUGUCAGAGUUGGACGUCAUUGUGUCGUGAAAAGUCGGAGUGUCAUAAGGCCACCAUUCAAGAAAUUCAGCAAAGGUGUUGCAUUUUUUCCUUUACACAUUGGGGACCAUGUCUUUAUUGAGGAAGACUGUGUGGUCAACGCAGCUCAGAUCGGCUCUUAUGUUCACGUUGGCAAGAACUGUGUGAUUGGGCGCCGGUGUGUGUUGAAAGACUGUUGCAAAAUUCUUGACAACACAGUAUUACCCCCAGAAACCGUGGUCCCACCGUUCACCGUCUUCUCAGGCUGCCCAGGACUCUUCUCAGGGGAGCUCCCAGAAUGUACCCAGGAGCUGAUGAUCGACGUCACCAAGAGCUACUACCAGAAGUUUUUGCCCUUGACACAGGUCUAAUGUCUCUGCCUGUGUCUUGAAUUCGCUUGAGCUCUAAGAUGGACUUUGGGGACCGAGUAAGCCCGUCAGCAUCUACAAAGAGCUCUUGUGUCUUUGACACCUCCCACCCUCUUUUUUUUUUAAUUUUUAUUUUAUUUAAUUCUUUAGAAUUUCUCAAUCCUUCCAGGCUCUCAGCUCUUAAGACUUUAAUAACAGAACGUCUGGAAGAGUUGUCUCCAAAUGCUGUGCUUAAACCCUGUCUGUUAGCAGUCACUUGGUACCAUACGUGGAACACAGAAUCAUCUGUUCCCAACACUCCCGCCCCCAUGGAUGGCUGGGUGGAGCAGGGCCCUCCGUCCCAACGUGGAGGUGGUGAUGCUCACGUGCUGCCCGUGGCCACAGCCACCACAGUGCCCGCCACUCACAGGGAUCCCGCUCAGCUGCCGUUGCCGCUCAUACCUUUGGCCAGUCGCCACAGCUGCUCACAGUCUUGGAAAAAAGUUUGUGACUUUUCAGAGUCCAGAUCCUCGUGGGCUACUAAAACUCGACGGAAAGGUGGUUGGUAUUUCUCUUCUUUGCAGAAUGAGCUGAACUGUCAUUUUAACCCAGGGUGACUGACUAAUAAAAGACUUCCUAGCAUUCUAGUCUAGGGCCUUUGGCUUUCACUAAAAGGGGGCCUCUCGGCACCCAGAUUUUAUUUUUGCAAAGUCCAAGGUUUGAGUCUCGCACGUGGAUGGAUUCGCCUAGCAGCCAUUCUGUGCCUGCCUCACAAUAUUUGGGGGCAGUAGUAUAUGCCUUGUUUCACCGGCGGUGUAGCAUUUGUGACACUUGCUCCCUGGCCUAGAACCAUUCAGCCCACCCUGUGUUUGCCAUAAACCUCACAGUUCAGACCAAAUUAUCUGUCCUUGGGCCCAAUCUCAUAUUUACAUGGGGGCCUCUUAAAAUUCUUCUGUGGGCAUAGAGCCUCAAGGAGUAAAAGAAGUUUCCAGUGCUGGUCUUAGCAUCUUCUGGGUAAUGGCACAACCUUUCCCCUUCUGCUCUGGCCUCUUAGUUUAGGAGGAAGACUUAGAAGUGAAGGCCUGGGGAGUUCUCUUGCGGCACAGUGGGUUAAGGAUCUGGCAUUGUCACUGUAGUCAGUGGCUCCAGUCACUGCUGUGGCGUGGGUUCUGUUGCUGGUCUGGGACUUCCACAUGCCACAGGCACACCCCCUCAAAAAAAAGAAGUCCUAGGAAAAUUCACUUUGUUUAGUGCUCUGAUGCUACUGUGAAUGGGGCAGAACAGUUCAGCCUUGAGGUUUAGGGUGUAGCAGUUGCUGUCUUGACUUCUUUCUGGUUGCAAGGUUUGCAAAAGGAACUGUAUGUAGUUGUCUCUGCUAGUUCAAUGUAAAACUGCUUUCUGGUUUGUCAUCUCUUUUAUUUUAUGUUUGCACAUUAAAAGAUUGACACGUG